AUGUCGCAAAACAGGCCUGGAGGAGUCUUCUCUGGCUUGCGCAUGGGCGAGGUAGUACGGGAAAAGGUGCAGGAUGGCCUCACGGGUGAGACACGAGAGAUGCAAUAUACACAAUGCAAGAUUGUGGGCAAUGGUUCCUUCGGUGUGGUCUUCCAGACGAAGCUGUCUCCCAGUGGUGAGGAUGCUGCGAUCAAGCGAGUGCUCCAGGACAAGCGAUUCAAGAAUCGUGAGUUGCAGAUCAUGCGGAUUGUCCGGCACCCGAACAUCGUCGAACUGAAGGCCUUCUAUUAUUCAAAUGGUGAACGGAAGGAUGAAGUCUACCUCAAUUUGGUCCUCGAGUAUGUCCCAGAGACGGUUUACCGUGCCUCACGCUAUUUCAACAAGAUGAAAACCACCAUGCCCAUUUUGGAGGUCAAACUAUACAUCUAUCAACUUUUCCGAUCAUUGGCAUACAUCCACUCACAAGGGAUUUGUCAUCGGGAUAUCAAACCGCAGAACCUCUUGCUCGAUCCUGCAACGGGGGUGCUGAAGCUGUGCGAUUUUGGAAGUGCAAAGAUUCUGGUGGAAAAUGAACCAAACGUUUCCUACAUUUGCUCUCGAUACUACCGUGCUCCCGAAUUGAUUUUCGGUGCCACAAACUACACUACUAAGAUCGCAGAUGUCUGGUCGACUGGUUGUGUCAUGGCGGAAUUGAUGUUGGGUCAACCUCUGUUCCCUGGUGAAUCGGGUAUCGACCAACUUGUUGAAAUUAUCAAAGUACUGGGGACCCCGACCCGAGAUCAAAUUCGCACCAUGAAUCCGAACUACAUGGAACACAAAUUUCCCCAGAUCAAGCCUCAUCCGUUCAAUAAAGUGUUCCGGAAGGCAUCUCCCGACGCUAUCGAGCUAAUUUCGGCUCUUUUGGAGUACACACCAACUCAACGACUGUCCGCAAUCGACGCGAUGUGCCAGCCUUUCUUUGAUGAAUUGAGAGAUCCCAGCACUCGCCUGCCCGACUCACGCCACGCUGGUGGUUCGUCUCGCGAGCUCCCACCUCUCUUUGACUUCUCACGACAUGAGCUUUCAAUUGCACCUCACCUCAACAGUAGACUUGUUCCACCGCAUGCACGACCGCUUCUAGCAUCACGAGGGAUUGACCUGGACAAUUUCACUCCGCUUUCCAAAGAUGAAAUGAUGGCGAGGCUUGAUUGA